GAUUUUAUUUCUGUAGGUCAUUACCCAAAUCGGAGAAACGGAGUCUAUCAACAAACCUAGCGGAGGCGAGUGUCAUUUGCUCGCACUGUGUACUACCUGAAGCCUAAAGGGAAUGGCAUGGAUUACUUGAAAGACGAGUUGAACUUACUUUUAGAGUCGGUUGGGUGACGUGCAUUUUUAGAGGUGUCCAUAUGGGAUGUGGACAUUUCCCACGUUUCGAUUGGUCCCUGAUGCACCAUAGACGUUUCUUCGUGUCUGCUGGCAUCACAUAACGUUUUCGACGUGAUUCAUGUUGUCCUGAGUGAUACUUGGGUGGGUGUUUUCCCACACAUUAAGGGAAGAGAGACACACAUUGUUCUUAGUCUUAAGAGUGAAGAGCCUGUGCAAGGACUGUCUCCGGCCUAGACAUGCCUGAUACAGGAGGGGCUGCAUCUGGUUCCAAGGUUUCUGACCCACAGCAUUCCCAGAAACUCCUCAGGGUUCUUCGCUCCUUCUGGCAAGAACAAUGUUUCCACGAUGCACUGCUGGUGGUGGAUGGAGAAGAACUUCCUGUCCAGAAAAACAUCCUUGCGGCUGCGAGCCCCUAUAUCAGGACCAAGCUGAACUAUAAUCCUCCAAAACAAGAUGGGUCAGUGUACAGAAUUGAACUCCAGGGAGUCUCUAUGCCCAUUAUGAAACAGAUCCUGGACUAUAUCUUCAGUGGCGAAAUCAGUCUGAGUGAGGAGACCAUCCAGGAAAUGGUACAAGCAUCUGAUCUACUCCUCAUGACGGACCUCAAGUCCCUCUGCUGCCAGUUCCUAGAGAGUUGUAUCACAGCAGAGAAUUGCAUUGGCAUUCGCCUCUUCUCCCUGCACUACUGCCUUUACCAUGUCCACUACGCCGCCACUGAGUAUUUGCAGACACACUUUCGUGACGUGGCGCUCACCGAGGAGUUCAGGGAGCUGAUGCCAGACCGGCUCUGUGACAUCCUGGCCAUGGAGAAGCUGAAUGUGGGCAACGAGAGGCACGUGCUGGAGGCUGUGGUGCGCUGGCUCAGUCAUGACCCAGAGGAUCGCAGGGUACACAUGAAGGAAGUGAUGUCUGCAGUGUGGCAGCAGGGCCUGGAUAUAGGUUAUCUGAGAGAGCAGACCAUGGGAGAGCCACUGAUGAGAGAGGUGAUCAGAGAUUACUGCCAGUCAAUGUUAGUGAACGCCCCUCCGCAGGGCGAGGAUCUCCUCGCUGCCUUUAAGCCUCGAGGUUACUCCGAGUGCAUUGUUAUCGCCGGUGGAGAGGACCGCAAGAGCAGGAAGCCAACUGCAGCCACGCGGUGCAUGUGUCCGCUCUACGACACCAACAGACAAGCCUGGAUCCAACUGCAGCCGAUGAAUAUCGCCCGUGUGGGCCACGGGGUCAUCGCUGCCGAGGGCUUUCUGUUUGUGAUGGGUGGCACUGAUGAACACAAGACAGUCCUGGACAGUGGAGAGAGAUAUGACCCUGAGUCCAACAGCUGGAGCCCCAUUCCACCCAUGAUACAGGCCCGACAAAACUUUGGUGUGGCAGAGCUGGAUGGCAUGAUCUAUGUUCUGGGAGGAGAAAACCAAGAAACCGAACUGAUCACUGUUGAAGUGUUUGACCCUCACUUCAGCACCUGGAAACCUCAGACCAGCAUGACUAUGGUCCGUAAGGUUGGCUGCUAUGCUACCAUGAACAAAAAGAUUUAUGCCAUUGGUGGAGGCUCCUAUGGGAAGCUGUAUGACUCUGUUGAAUGCUUCGACCCAAAGACCCAGCAGUGGACAGGCCUGUGUCCUCUUAAAGAGAGAAGGUUUGGUUCGGUGGCAUGUGGCGUCAGCCAGGAGCUCUAUGUGUUCGGUGGAGUGAGAAGCCAAGAGAAUGAAAGCUCAGCGCAGCCACAGAUGACGACCUGCAAGUCUGAGUUCUAUCAUGAUGAGAUGAGACGAUGGAUGUUCCUGGACGACCAGAACCUGUGUAUCCAGACAAGCUCAUCCUUCGUCUACGGAGCAGUGCCUAUCGGAGCCAGCAUCUAUGUGGUCGGAGACCUGGACACUGGUACGAGCUUUGACUACAUCCGUGAGUUUCGUCGCAGCACGGGGACGUGGCAUCGCACCAAGCCCAUGUUGACCAGUGACCUCUCCAAAACGUGCUGCGCCGCCCUGCGCAUCGCCAACUGCCGGCUGUUUCGCCUUCAGGUCAAGCAGGGCAUGUUCAGAGUCAGGGUCGCUCACACUUAAGGAGCGCAUGAAGUGCCCUGCAGUUUGCUUCAUGAUCACACACUUUUGCACACUGGUACUCUCUACCUAUUCCUCGUCAUACAGAAAGUAGUAACACUAAUGGAUUACACAGUAGGAGUUAGAAAAUGGAAAUGGUCACUCUCAAUUACAGUGAGACACUGGAGAUUUUUUUCCUCUCUCUUCUGCUGUGUCUGCUGUCUGGCUUGACAGGAAGGCAAAUAUGUCAAAACACUUUUAAUCACGGUGGGUUUUAUUGGAUUUUUUUUUAUUGGGAGCCGAAGUCCUGCAUACACUUCCUUGUUAGCCUUUUAGCUUCUGCUCCACUGUGUGCUUUCAUUUUCAUGUAAUUUAUUUUCAUUUUGUCAACAAUCCUUCAGGAGAGCAGAGACAGGAUAGUGGGCUAUGCUGCUUAUAUUUGAAACUGAAAGGAUGAAGCUUUCAUAAUUUCUAACUAAAGUACAAUAAUGUUUAUUUUUUAGCUUUUUUAACAACUAAAAAUUGUUUAAAAUACACUAGAUUACGGAUUUAAAGAGAUUUGCACCAGAGAUUUGGCUUGAGCUUUUAGUUACUCUUAAAGUUUGACAUUGGUCUGUCAAGCAGGGUGACGUUAAAGGUGCGACUGCCUGUGCAGACUUGUGGGAAAUGAUGUUUGCUAAUACCUGGUAAAGAAUAAUGAAUGUCAAUAAUCCGUAAAGCUUUGAUUUUUUUUUUUUAUAACUCAUGAUUGUCUAAAUACAAAGAAAGCUGCACAACGUACUGUUCAGCAUCUCUAUAUUUUAGUGCUAGGUCAUAUUUUAUUUAUAUAAUUCAGAACUUCUAUGGGAUGGUGAAUGGAGUUUUUAUUUUUUGUUUUUUUAACUUUUUGUAAGAUUUUAUUCAGAUUUGUCAAGAUAUAAAUCCAUAAAAGAGGGACUCAGUCUUAACAAAACCAAACAAAAAAAUGCAACAAAAAAGAGAAUAAAAACAUAAAUACAUACCACAUCAACACAUUUUUACCUCACAAGCCUGCUCAACCUCAGUGUACUCAUAUUUCAUCAACUUAAAUAUAAAUAUAAAGAAACAAACACAUACAUAAUAACAUAUACAUACAUAAUAAGCUGAUUACCAACCCUCUCUGUCGAGUACACCAUCAUUUGUCCUCCAACUGAAACUUCAACAAUACUUUCAAAAUUAAAUUCUUACUUGUAGAAAACGAUCAUGGAAGCUCCAGUUUCACUUCGGCUCCCUGUUAAUUUAAUGUGUUUUUUUUUUUUUUUUUUUUAAGAAACCAGGAGGUUUUUUUUUUUUUUUCUACUUUUUCAGGUUUUCUUUUAUUGACAUUCCCUGUUGUUUUUAAUGUUUACUUGGUUGCUUGCUUCUUACUGAGGGUUUAUUUAGGGAGACUGCAACAAAUCCACUGUCACAUUGUUGUUGGACGCUUUAGUGGAAGCAUUUUAUUUUACUGAAAUGCGGUGCUGCCACUGAACAGAAAAAUAUGCCCUGAAAAAAUCUUACCUGGCCAAAUGCAGACAAAAUGAUAAGACCAGAGUUUUAUUGCAGAAAGUUUCCAGUAACUAAAACGCCGAUGGUAAACAUUUGGCUUUGGCGGCCGUCACUCAAAGAGAGAGGGCUACUUUUCAGAGCCACCAUUUUGCACCAACACACAUCAACAAUACAGGAAGGAAUCCAUUAAAGAAAAGGUAGAGAAGCUAAUUGCUCCACUGACAAUAACCUCGACAGCCCAGAAUGCAAUGCAGCCACAAGACAUGUUGUGUUUUGACUAAAGGACGCAGCUCUCGCUUUCUCUCAACUGGAAAAGUUUCACUUUCACCACUGCUCUAUCUACCUUCACAUAACACAUAGAUACACUUUAUGGAUGUUGUCACUGUAUUUCACUUAAGUUAAAGACGCAGCUCCUUUAGUUAGAGUAUCUGUGCAGACACAGCGCUACCACAUCAUCAGCUGUAUAUGACUUUUGAAAGCCAUUUUUCACAGAUAUGUAUCCUAUGCACACAAACUGAAUGUAUGUAGCACUGCUUUACUUGAUGAUUGGUUUCGCUGUCGACCAAGCUUCCCGGACCCAGCCGGUUCAGAAAUAGACGUAGUUACGAGUGCCACUCUUAAGUUGCUGGAUGCAUUUUGCUGCCUUCACAACCUCUGACCUGGCUUUCCAGUCAGCGCUGGUUUGGCAUCUGUUGACCCCGUUUGUUGUGCGUGAGUUACAGCUGCUGCUGUCUGUCCUCGGCUCAGAAGCAUACAAGAGACACACACACACACACAAACACACACACACACACACACACACACACACUGGAACUGAAACACACUUCAGACAUACACAUGCACUGGAUAUGGUGUUGACACUGGCACCUCUUGUAAGAGAACACACCAAGAAACACACAGAAAACACACCGCAGAGGACUCCUACAGCUCUUACAGCACAGCUUGGGGUUUGACCGAUAUGGGCUUUCAAGUGCUUAUAUUUUCAUAUUAUAUGUUUUAAUAUGUUUUAUUUUGACCAUUUCCAUGCCAAAAAAUCACAAAGAUUUUACAAUGUCAGUGUUUUUCCUAUAAUUUAUUUUUGUCAUUAUGGAAAGUCAUCCAAACACUACAAAUGCUAACUACUGUAACUGCAUUUGGAGCAUCCAGCCACUACAGACAGCACCAGUAAUCUGAUAUAAUCUAAAGUUUGGGUGAACUAUCUCUAUCGCUGUGCAGUAGUGCAGAAAACACUGAGUAGAAUCAGUUUAGGUUAAUGGCUUCCCAUAUUGACAACCAGUGUCAUAUUGAUCAAUUCUGCAAAUCAAGUUGGUCUGUAGUUGGUUUGUAGUCCUUCAUCACACGCAUGUUUCAAAGGACUUUACACUAAACAAGCCCACCUUAACUUAACCACGUAACUGAACUAUCAGUCAAAAAGCAAAAUGAUGCAGUAGGUUAUGCAACAACAUAAAACACAAGGAAACAAAGCACAAAACAAAACAGCAUGCCAGAGCUCCACAACAUGCAAACAAAUCUGACUGGCAAAUGUGGAGCUAAAUCACUGCCAAAACCUAACAAACCACAAAACAUGUUUUACAAAUGUCCUGUGAUUCACUAACAAAUGCAGUAUGGUUUGCAAAUACAGAACACCAUUAAAAAAAAAAAAAAAAAAAAAAAAAACUAAUGUAUUUUGUUUUGCAAAUACAAAACGUACCUAUCCAACAAAUACACAACAUAUUUCUAAUACAUCAUACUCCAGAAAAAACAUCAGUUCUUACAAGUACAAAAAAUAGUUCCUACAGAGACAAAAAAAAAAAGUUCCUACAAAAACCAAAACAUAUCGCGUGACUUUUGGCACAAUUUUUCCGUUGUCAAAUGCC